UAAUAGGUAAUAAUUUCUUUAACGUAUCUAAUAUUCUGCCAACUUUGUGUGUAACGUUGGGAGCAUGUCUAUCGCUUCUUGUUUGUAGUCGUUUGUAGUCAUCUGAUAGUGGAAGUGUUAUGUAGUUGAGAGUGUGCUGGUUGUUUAUUUACUACAAAUUAAUGGAGCACGUGAUUUGUUAGUGUAACAGAAGUACAAAGUUUUUCUACAUAUCAACAAAUAAUAUAAUCGAAAAUAGUUCAAGAGCAAGGAAGUGUGUGGACCGCGUUGACGUAAAGUAAACAUCUCUUGGAGUUUUAUGCCAUGGCAGACACAGAAGAUUUCUUGGCGCUUUAUAGGCGGUUUUUUGAAGAAUUUGCGACGACAGUGAAUCCCAAUGAUCAGCUUCCAGUCAAAGUGGCCGGAUAUUAUUUGUAUGAUUCGGAGAUAGUUGGAGAAAUAGUGGAUUGGACCUUGCAGUACCUCAACCAAAAACAUUGUCCGUCCAGCCUGGUGGCGCCAUUGACAAGGAUCGUCAUCGACGAGGUUAAGGCCGCCUGCAAGAAGCAACCCGCAGCAUGCGGUUACCGCUCAGCCGAGAACACCUAUCAGCCAUUGAAGCUGAUGCAAGUGGUGACUGGAAAGGUGAAUGAGGUAUGUUUACGAUACCGAGACAAUGGGAAGCUGGCUACACUUCCUCCACCAUCUCAGGGACCACCCAUCUCAUCCUGUGCUAUCAAGAAUACAAGACGUUGUAUGGAGGACCGCCAUGUUAUCGUAGAAGACUUCCACACUGUAUUUGGCAUUCAGGAUUGUAGCCCGAGUAGCUACUAUGCAGUGUUUGAUGGUCAUGCUGGGACAGAUGCCGCAGUGUAUAGUGUGAGCCACCUCCACCAGUUCCUUGCUGAAAGUUCUUUCUAUCCAACUGAUCCAGAACGAGCACUCAAGGAUGCUUUCUCCAGGACUGAUUCACUCUUUCUUGAGAAGUGCAACAGAGAGAACUUGCGGAGUGGUACGACUGCUGUGUGUGCAUUGCUCAGACCCACAGAACAGAUGCUGUAUGUGGCAUGGCUUGGUGACUCACAGGCCCUUUUGGUUCGCAAUGGUCGAGGCGUGCAGAUUGUGAAACCCCAUAAACCAGAUAGAGAGGAUGAAAGGGAACGAAUAGAAGACAUGGGUGGCUGUGUCCUUUACUGGGGAACAUGGAGAGUUAAUGGAGAAUUAGCUGUUUCCAGAGCAAUUGGUGACUUGGGGUACAAACCAUAUGUGACAUCUGAACCUGAUGUGACUGCAGUUCCCCUAAAUGGUACUGAAGACUUCCUUGUGCUUGCUUGUGAUGGGCUGUGGGACUUCGUCUCGGAGCAGGAAGCAGUAAGGGCUGUGUACCAGCAGAUCGCCGAAGCACCAGGGGAUAUCGAGUACGUCAGCCAGCGCCUUGUCCAGCUGUCCAAGCUGCAUGGUUCUACAGACAACAUCAGCGUGAUAGUAGUCUUUCUGACGGAACCCGCCCAGCUCGCUUCCCGCCCAAUCCCGGAGUGGGCAAAGAACGGCCCGCCGCUACAGGAGGCCUGCGCCAUGGAGACCAAUUCCGAUCAUAACAGCAGCUCUUCCGCAGGAAAUAAUCCUUUCCUCGCUUGCUCCACAUCGGACUCCGUCCCAUACCAGAAAGGGGGCCUCCUCCUGGACAUAGGGAUCGGGGGAGACGACAGCCAGAUGUACAAACACAAUGGAACUUCUCCGUCCUCCACCGGCCAGUACUUCCUGGACCGUCCAAAGAACGGCAAUAACACGGCCGGUGUCGACAACUACGACGAGGACGACGAUGACGACUUCGGGCCUGAGACCGACGUCGAUGCAGUCGACGACGUGCUUCUGUCUCCAGCCGGUGCGAAGUCUGCAGCCUUAAACAACAACCCGUUUGGUGGCGUGGGUGAUGAGAAGAAAGCACUGGAAGCCGACCUGGAGCUGCAACGCCAGCAGCUGAGUGUCUUCGAUGCAGUGAGGGAACCGCGCGAGGAGACGCCCACACCACCAGCAGACGAGGUUCCUGCGGUUUCCACAGCGCCAGAGCCGGACAAUGUAGCUGAAAGUGGAGAGGAUUCUGAGGACGAGUGGAACUACUAUCGCGUUGAGCCCACUUCAGAAGGGACUCGGGAAGCCACAGAGCCAAUUCACCAGAAGCCCAUAGAACCACAGUCAGAGGACGAGUUAAAUAUGGAGUCUCAGUUGAAUCCUGAUGCAGCAGAAUUUGUGCCAUCACCAACACAGAUGAUGCAAUGUAUGGAGGAAGUUUUGUUGGCCCAGUCUCCCAGUAAAGGCAUCAAAAUGGAAGACAUCUCUGUCCCCAGCCAGUCAGAAUUUGAACACGAGGCGAGCCACCGUCCAAGUGAGCUGGAUCUUGCCAGUGAAGCACCAGUGUCACCAGAGAACAAGAUGUUUUCCAAGCUACCAGACCUUAUCACCACUGAGGAAGGAGACAGUGUAAAUCCAUUUGUCUCCUCUUCUCACAACCUGGAAGAUAAGGAAAACAUUUUGCAGGAGGAAAAAAAUGAAAUAUUGUCAGAACACCAGAACAUUGAUGUGCAAGAAUUGACAUUGGAUGAAUCUGAGGUGACUUCCACAAAAGCAGAGUUUGGUGAUGAUUCCAGAGGCUCCUUGACCAUUGGAUCAGUGCUCCAGAAGACAGUGACUGAGUGUACAUCAUCAUUACCAGCAUUGGAUAAAUCAUUCACUGAUCUAGAUUUCCAAGAAACUGAGUUUAUGCCAUAUACGGCAAAGUUUGAUACCAGUAGUUCCUGUGAUGAUAAUGAAUUGUACAGAAUUAAUGAGAAUAAAGUUUGUAUGAACACAUCUGAAGUGCAAGAAACUGCACUGCAUGAAGAAGGAAGUAUGGCGCUGGAGAAUGUAGUAUCCAGUUGUUUUGAGGUGCAGAAAGAAUUGGUUCCAGAGGUGGAAUUGAAACUAGAGAGAGUUAAGCUUGAGAGUGAAGAUGUAUCAUCUCAGGAUGACUCUGUCUCUCCACUGCCGGAAGAAGGUAAGCAACUGCAGGAGCUGGAAGAAUCUGCUAUCCUUUCCCAAGUCCCAGAUUUACCUAUGUCUUCCCCUGUACCAAAUCCUCCAGUUGCUGAAGAACAGGCUGUUACAUCACAAAUACAAGAGCCUUCCUUGAAAGAUCUUUUAUCUACUGACAUUCUUUCAUCACCUGCUGAUGAUACUGUAUCCAAUGCAGAAAGAGAAAUUUUCUCACCAGAACAGUUUAGUACCCCCAUGCCUGAAUCAUUUUGUGGAUCAGCUUCUCCUGUAUCAACUUCAGCACCAGAACUAGUUUCCCCCCUUGUGGAUAUGUGGUCCAAACCUUCCGUAUUGCUAGGACCAGAUGCUUUCCUGCUUGAAAGUCCUCACCCCCCCAGCCACUUUGAACCAUGUCCAAAUCAACCUCCAACGUCUGAUAUAUUUAGUAUGCAAGAUCUCGUGGAAAGAGAAGAGGAACGCAGAGUAUGUUCUGAGAUUUUGCUUACUCCUGGAUCAUUGGAUCCAUUUGGAAAAGUGCAGUCACCCAUAGAAAUAACUGAUCCAGAGCACCACCUGAAGGAUGAUGUGUACAGUGUCAGUCGUAGUUCUGUAUUAGAGGAUCAUCCACUUCUGAUGAAUGAAGACAUUCAGAAAUCACCAGCUUAUGACACAAUGCUCGGCGACAUAGCCAGAGCCAAUGAGGAUGGAAACAAGAAGACAUUUCCUGUUGAAGAUUCAGUACAUCCAGUAAAAGCUGAAGCAGAGGAAUGUGUGGUGAGGCACAUACCGCCACCAGCCCCUGAGCAUGUUUCGGAGGAAAUGCCACAGCUAUCAAGUGUGGAACCACCGCCAGCACAUGCCGAGCCAGUUAAGGUGUCAGAAAAAAUGGUUGAUGCAGUAACUGAAGGCAGCGUUGUUGCUGCAGUCGCAGUAGGUACUGCUGUAGCCACAGCAGUGUCAGCUGGAAUUGAAGUGGCUCAUGAGGAGAAACCAGCUGAGGAAGUCAAGGCACCAGAAAGGAACCUUUCAAAGAAGCCGACCACUGCAGACAAGAAGGAAACAGCUGCUGUUAAAAUAAAAUCAGCCAAAGCGCCUGUUAGCAAUAAAACUGCACCACCAGCUACCGGUACAGCAAGAAUAUUGCAGAAAUCAAAACCAUCUUCACCAGCAAAACCCCCAUCGACAACUAUCCGUUCCUCGACACCUAAGAAAUCUAUAUCUUCUGGUCCUUCUCCUGCAAGCAAAGACACAAAGUCACCAGUAAUUGCAAAUAAACCUAAGCCAGGUGCCACAUCCCCCAUAAAACCCCUAUCUUCUGCUAUAAAAUCAACAGGUGUUAGCCCACGUAUACAAGCUGGAACCACUGCUGCUAAGUCUGCAGCUGUAAGUAAUGGCGAUGUAGCUAAGCCUGCUGUACUAAAGAAAACUUCUGCUUCUACAGCAGCCAGGCCACAAAGCCGGCCUGCAACAGCCCCAGCCACUACUAAGACUGGAGCAGCAAGACAGAUGGGUACAGUCACAAGUAGGACUAACCCUGUGUCAACUGUGUCCCCCCAACUAAAAUCUGGAACUGUGAAUAUAGGGGCCAGCAAAUCUCGAUCAGCAGGAACAGUGGCAAUUGGAACAACUGGCAGUAAAGUAGGCCCAGCCUCUGAUGCAAAGCUUGCCACAAAUAGACAGAAGCAAAUAUCAACAACUCGUACUGUCUCAAACAGGACUGUGACGGCGGCUGCUCACAGUACAGCAGCACCUGCUGCUCGGAGGGUCAUGGCAGGCGUAACAAAGACGACUGUCAUUACAUCCACAGGUAAAGUAGGGCCAAAGAAGACUACCUCUUCCAUGCCAAACAGUGGAACUCGUGCCUCAACUACAGCUUCAACCAAAACAACAAAGACUGAAGUUACUGUGACGUCUCUGGCUGCUGAGAACAACGAAUGAUUGUACAAGUGCAACAAAUGGAAUUAGACACUUCUCUAAGGUCUACAGUUCCAGAUUUUUUAAAUGGUGUCUUUAAAGACUGUUUCACUUGGAAUAAUUUAUUUUAUUCGGUGUCUUUGAGAUUUUAAGUGCAUAUUUCCUGCGAGUGCUAGAUUUGUGUGGAUACUGUAUAUAAACACUAUACACUAUAUCCUCAUUAAUCUAGCACUUGCAGGGAAUGCAUACUUAAAAUCUCAAAGGAACAGAAUGAAGUAGGCUUACUACAGAGACUGGCAAAGGCUUAUGCAUUUUCUUCUGAUCUCUUGUUUUUAAAUGUUAUCUAGUUUGAAGUGCUUUAUGAGGUGCUAUUUUAUGUUUUAAUUUGUUAGAUGUGUAUUACAACAAAUAUUGCGGUACAUAUUGAUUAGAAUGUUGUGACUAAAUGAACAAAGCCAGUGGGACCAGAUGAGACUUGAAAGACACCACUUAAAAAGAAUAUGAAAUGUAGUCACUAAAUUUAUAUGAAGCAAAUUUUCACAAGGCUAUAUACAUUGUAACAUACAUUGAUUCCAUACAUUAAUAUUAUUAUUGCUAAGAUACCAGUGUAUACAUAUAAUUGAGUUCAGAUUAUCUUGCAAGUAUGAUUCUGAGAGCAAGUACAUUUAUGGUACUGUUGUGUUGCUUUCGUAUGUAUUUCCAUUUGAAGAUGCGCUAUAAAUACCACCAGCAAUAAUGCACCACUUGGCAAAGAUAAUUUAUACAACUAUUUAAUGGAGCUAGAGGGAUGUGGUGUACCUUAAUUUGAGUUCAUUAAUAGUAAUAGCCGGGUGCCUUGCAAUUUUGAAAGCAGAUACUUGCUCUUAAGACUUGCUUUGCAGUUGAAACAAUUUCAUCAUAGCUAUUUGCUUUACAGUCAUGAAAACUACAGCACUUUUAUAUGUGAAUUUCCUUACUUCUUGGACAAGAAACAAUAUUGUAAUAAAGUUUUUUAAUGAUGUCAUACAAA